AUGAAGGAAGAAAACGCAAAGCGCAAAGCCGAGGACGAACCCUCCUCUCCUACCGCGAACAAAAGGGUCAAGCACAAUGAGUCGGCGGAGCCAGAGAAGAAGCCGGCUAUGAAGCCAAUUCCGUUCCCCGAGAAGCCCGCCGUCAUCGAAGAACGGACCGGCGAAAUCGAGUUCCGCGUUGUGAACAACGAUAACGAGCGCGAAUCCCUUAUAAUCCUCACAGGUCUCAAGUGCAUCUUUCAGAAACAACUUCCGAAGAUGCCCAAAGACUAUAUCGCGCGUCUCGUGUACGACCGGACCCACUUGUCCAUCGCGAUCGUCAAGAAGCCCCUCGAAGUAGUCGGCGGCAUCACCUACCGUCCGUUCAAGGGCCGUCAGUUUGCCGAAAUUGUGUUUUGUGCCAUUAGUUCCGACCAGCAGGUCAAGGGCUAUGGUGCGCAUCUUAUGUCCCAUCUCAAGGACUAUGUAAAAGCUACAAGCGAUGUCAUGCACUUCCUUACCUACGCCGACAACUACGCCAUUGGAUACUUUAAGAAGCAGGGGUUUACCAAAGAGAUCACGCUAGAUAAGAGCGUCUGGAUGGGGUACAUUAAGGACUACGAGGGUGGUACUAUUAUGCAGUGUUCCAUGCUUCCACGGGUACGAUAUCUUGAGAUGGGCCGUAUGCUAUUGAAGCAGAAGGAGUGCGUGCAGGCCAAGAUCCGUGCCUACUCCAAAUCCCAUAUCGUUCAUGCUCCUCCAAAGGAGUGGAAGAAUGGCGCGAAACCCAUUGACCCGCUAAGCAUCGAUGCCAUUCGUGCAUCUGGCUGGUCACCGGACAUGGACGAGCUCGCCCGCCAGCCACGACAUGGUCCCAACUACAACCAACUAUUACAUCUUCUCAACGAUCUGCAGAACCACCAGUCCGCCUGGCCUUUCCUUGUACCAGUCAAUAAGGAUGAUGUGGCCGACUACUAUGAGGUCAUCAAGGAGCCCAUGGAUCUCAGCACCAUGGAGACGAAGCUUGAGGCCGAUCAGUACGCCACACCGGAAGACUUUAUCCGCGACGCCAAGCUCAUCUUCGACAACUGCCGCAAGUACAAUAACGAGUCUACACCGUAUGCGAAGAGUGCCAACAAACUGGAGAAGUACAUGUGGCAGCAAAUCAAGGCCAUCCCGGAGUGGUCUCACCUCGAGCCGUAG